UCGCUCGCAAAAAGAACGAUCCAGGCAACCGUCACCAUCAGGAGAGUGCAGCCAGAGCCGACAUUUUGUUUCUCGUCGAAUCAGCCAACAAUCGUCGCAACGUCUCUUAUUCGCAAAGUUCACGGGCCGGGAACAACCCUUGGACCACUCUUUUUCUGUCCCGUUUGAAAACCUGCUCGGGGGUCGCGGAACCGGAAUCAGAACGUCGCGAGUUAUUCUUCUGUUCAGCGGAAAAUCGGUGCGGAUACUUUUUCCUUUCUUUCGUUCCUUGCUGUGGACGUGUCCAACUAGCAGAAGCCAGUUUUGGACUUUUGUGUGUGAAUAAGAAAAGCCAACUGCGCUAAAACAAGGAAUCUGGUGCAUCCGGAGGAAAAGAGGUCUGGUUUCAUCGGUAUAUUUUUCCGCUCGGGAGGAAGAAACAGUGACAUGAGCAGUUUUGGAUCCGAUUCCAUCAGAGCCUGAGGAGAAGAAACUUACUUCUAGUCGGAUUACCGCAAAGGAAAAAGUUCAAAAAAUCACAAUUCCGGUGUGUUUGUGAGAAGAACGUGACUGAAUACGCGGAUCAUUUGGAUUAAUAGCAGCACCAGUUCCCUCGGCUUUAGGAGCGGAAAGGCGAAAGACCAGUUGGGACAACCGGCAGGGCAGCAGUAGACAAAAACAGAAACAAUGGGCACCCGCGAUGAUGAAUAUGAUUAUUUAUUCAAAGUUGUGCUAAUUGGAGACUCCGGCGUCGGUAAAAGUAAUCUAUUAUCGCGAUUCACUAGGAAUGAAUUCAAUUUGGAAUCGAAGUCAACCAUCGGCGUAGAGUUUGCCACCAGAAGUAUAGAGGUCGACGGCAAAACAAUCAAAGCCCAAAUAUGGGACACUGCCGGUCAGGAACGCUACCGAGCGAUAACGUCCGCGUACUACCGGGGCGCAGUCGGUGCUCUGCUCGUAUACGACAUAGCGAAGCACUUAACGUACGAGAAUGUGGAACGGUGGCUGCGGGAACUGCGCGACCAUGCCGAUCAGAACAUCGUGAUCAUGCUGGUCGGCAACAAGAGCGAUCUGCGGCAUCUGCGCGCGGUGCCCACGGACGAGGCGAAGGGAUUCGCCGAACGGAACGGCCUCAGCUUCAUCGAAACAUCGGCACUAGAUUCGACCAAUGUUGAAACCGCAUUCCAGAACAUACUCACUGAAAUCUAUCGAAUUGUGUCGCAGAAGCAGAUCCGAGACCCGCCGGAAGGCAGUGUGAUUAGACCGAACCUGGAGAACAUCGACGUGAAGCCGACCAACCCAGCGACCGAUUCGGUGCGAAAACAAUGUUGCCAGUGACCGCCACAAGCAGAAACAUCGCGAUCUGUUUUUAGUUCUGCUACUACAACAACUAGAACUACUGCAUCUACUACUACUUCUACUACAACUAUUACUACUAUUAUUAUUACUGCAGCAACGACAGCACCGUCGGCAACAUCAAACAAGAUCUUUCUCAAUAGUAAUAAUAGUUUCGGUAAUAUGCUUUUGAUUUAAACACAAGCAACACAAAAACUAAAGCAACAUGAAAUGAAAUGUUAUUGAUUGAAACCCCUUCCCAAACCUACUAAAGAAACAAAACACAGAAAAAUAAAGUAGUCGAAUUGGGGUAUAAAUAAAAAGAAAUACCAACUAAUUAAUUAACACACACAUACUACUAUUAUCCCUCCUUGAAACGAAAAAAAAAUCAAAUAACAAAACAAAAUAAGAAUUUUCAGCAGUACUAGAUGUCCAAACUUUCCAGCGAGAGUAGUCGUUGAACAUAUGUAUUUGUUGUUUGGAAGAAAAGGAACCGAUGAGUGCUAAUCCCAAACUUUUGUAUUCUCAAUUAUGGCUGUUCCCUUUGCAAUGGAAGUUUUCGCACGUAUGUACAUGAAGAUAAAUCAUCGUUAUCCUUUACCGCAUUUGGUUGACUUGAAAUCGAUGUUUGCACAUGGCUAAGACAAAACAUAUUUCCACGCAAACAUUAACACCACCCCAACAGAAAAAAAUCAUAAUACCACUGGAAUUGGUUCGUUCAUAAAUGGUUCGUUUCGUUUCUGGGACUAAUAGGAAAAAAGGAUGGAUGUUUUUUUGUGUUCAUAUUUCUUUGAAAUUCGUACAGAUUUGGAGUAUUCUCACAGAGAUAAAACACACUGCAGUAAUGCAACGCAAGCAAGCUAGUAGAAAUUUCGCUUUAGUGAAUAAAAAUGCCGCUUCAUGCUGCAAGAAAGACGUAAUACUUGAUACGAAGAGAAAAGGUCUCCCAAGACGGGGACGCAUAUGCAAGCAAUGAAAAGAAUGAAGAUAAACAUGCACGAAACAGAAAAGUAUGGAACUAAAGGCUAAACGCAGUAAAAAAGCCGUAUAAAAGAACAUACAUAGGUGAUAUGCAGAAGGAGAGUGGAGUAUAUUUUAAAUUAAUUAUGAUCAAAAUGGUAAUUACAAAUAAAAUUCACUUGGAGAGUAAACCAAACGCUAUA